AUGAUUAUGAAGUCGUUUCACCAAUUGACCCGCCGGAAGGCCCUUGCCAGCCUCACCACUCCUCGUCUUGCACCGCAGAGCUUCGCAGUUCACCGGUCAUGGCAAAGAAAUUUUGGCGCCACCGCCGCGGCCGCUUCACAGCUGGCGGGUCUAGAUGCCUCUAAGCUAUCAGUGACGAAGACGACGACUCCCAAGGAACUGACCCCUCCCAAGGAUCUGGUUUUCGGAAAGACUUUCACCGAUCAUAUGCUUACCGUCGAAUGGACGGCUACUGAUGGCUGGCACUCGCCUCAGAUUAUCCCCUACCAGAACCUCAGUCUCGAUCCUUCCACCUGCGUCUUCCACUAUGCGUUCGAAUGUUUCGAGGGAAUGAAGGCAUACAAAGAUAAGAAUGGCGGGAUCCGACUGUUCCGCCCGGAUAAGAAUAUGCAGCGCCUGAACAAGUCGUCCGCACGCAUUGCUCUGCCCACUUUUGACGGAGAUGCUUUGACACGGCUCAUUGGCGAGUUUGUCAAGCUGGAUGAACGCUUCAUCCCAGAUGCCCGUGGCUACUCGCUCUAUCUCCGACCCACCAUGAUUGGUACUCAGAAGACCUUGGGUGUUGGUCCUCCCGGAUCUGCCAUGCUGUUUGUGAUCGCCAGUCCCGUGGGUCCCUACUAUCCCACCGGCUUCAAGGCAGUCUCGCUCGAAGCCACCGACUACGCCGUCCGUGCCUGGCCCGGUGGUGUCGGUGACAAGAAACUCGGUGCCAACUACGCUCCAUGCAUUCUGCCUCAGCUGCAGGCUGCCUCCCGUGGCUUCCAGCAGAAUUUGUGGCUCUUCGGCGAAGAGGAGUACGUCACCGAAGUGGGCACCAUGAACCUGUUCCUUGCCAUUAAGAACAAGGAGACUGGCAAGAAGGAGCUGGUCACCGCGCCUUUGGAUGGCACCAUCCUCGAGGGUGUCACUCGUGACUCCGUCCUUGCUCUCGCCCGUGAACGUCUCGCCCCCCAGGGCUGGGAGAUCUCUGAGCGCAAGAUCCGCAUGGCCGAUGUUGCGCAGGCCUCUGAGGAGGGCCGUCUGAUUGAGGUCUUCGGUGCAGGUACCGCCGCCAUUGUCAGCCCGGUGCGCAACAUCAGCUAUCGCGGUAAGCUUGUCGAUUGUGGUUUGAAGGAGGAUGAGGAGGCGGGUGAGAUUGCCCUCCAGAUGAAGAACUGGAUCGAGGCGAUCCAGUAUGGUGAUGAGCCACACGCGUGGAGCAUCAAAAUCUAA